GUGGCUGUUACACCCUUAUCUUUCUUUCUCCCCACACACCCCUUAGCUAAAACAAUCUUCUGUGUAACUUACUCCUAUCCUGCACUUUGGUGCACACACACCAUCAAGCCGUUGAUUGGCCUUGCCUGAAUUUGGAGCGCGGGAGGAGGAAAGGGGAAGAUGGCAACCAUUACAAAUGUGACCGAGUACCAGGCGAUUGCAAAGCAAAAGCUGCCUAAAAUGGUGUACGAUUACUACGCAUCCGGUGCUGAGGACGAAUGGAGUCUUGAAGAGAACAGAAAUGCCUUCACCAGAAUCCUGUUUCGACCGAGGAUUCUGAUUGAUGUGAGCAAGAUCGACAUGACGACCACUGUGCUGGGGUUCAAGAUCUCGAUGCCUAUCAUGAUUGCCCCUACUGCUAUGCAGAAAAUGGCUCACCCUGAAGGGGAAUAUGCAACUGCUAGAGCUGCAUCAGCUGCUGGAACAAUCAUGGUUUGUUCUUCUUUUUUCCCCCUGAUGUUAAAUCGUAUAAUCGAGAUGGUUGAGACGACGGAUUCACACAUGAAAAAUCAUGACGCUGAGCCCUGUUUCGCAGAAACACCCUUUGAAAAUGUUACUGAGUAGGGUGGGGGGGAAGAUUUGUGCCAAAUUUUGAUGUUUUUUCAUGGUCAAGUUUGAUUGAAUGGAUGCAUAUUAAUAGGGAGGUAGCAAAACAAAAUAUGGACAAGAAAAUAUAUAAGUAUUGUAAGUGAUGAAACCAACAAUUGUUAAGGGCUCCGGUAAAGAUCGAUGUAGUUUUUAUUUUUAUAUAUUUGAAAUGAAAUUGUAUCUCCAAAACCAUAGUCGAGAUAAUCACGAUAAUGGAGAUCAAAGCAAAAUAUAUAUAAAUUUCGGGUACGUAAUCAUCAAGAGGGUAAAUUUAGGUGAUAAAAUAUAGAAGUAUUCCAUUGUAUGCCAUGACAAGAAAAUUUCCUAAAAAAAAACAUGCCUAAUAAAAGUAAGCCCAUGGGGCUGCAGACGCUGUCGUCAUGGGCUACUUCCAGCGUGGAAGAGGUUGCUUCAACUGGGCCUGGCAUCCGCUUCUUCCAGCUCUACGUCUACAAGAACAGGAAUGUUGUUGCUCAGCUGGUGAAGAGGGCUGAAAGGGCUGGCUUCAAGGCCAUUGCUCUCACCGUUGACACCCCGAGGCUGGGCCGCAGGGAAGCUGAUAUCAAGAACAGGUUCACACUGCCACCUUUCCUGACACUCAAGAACUUUGAAGGCCUGGACCUUGGCAAGAUGGACGAGGUAAUUAAUGAUUAAUCAAAUCAACUAAUCUUUGAUCUCUAAUUAAAACACCCCGAAAUGAUUCGUUAUUAACUCGUCUCUUUGCAGGCCAAUGACUCUGGACUUGCUUCCUAUGUUGCUGGCCAGAUCGACCGAUCCCUCAGCUGGAAGGUUGCAUUCUGUGUCUUUUCAGCAGCAUUUUAAGCUCAUAUGAUGAUUUAGAUCUAGAUUUUGAUUGCGAAUUAGUGAAGUUUCUACCGCGGUUAAUGGUUUUACUCCGUGAUAUUAGGAUGUGCAAUGGCUUCAAACAAUCACCUCCCUGCCCAUUCUGGUCAAGGGUGUGCUCACAGCUGAGGACGGUAAGAGCUACCAAACCACUUUGGUGAUAUGCUGGCUCAAAGUUUCGACAUUAAUGAAUUCUCAUUCUGAUCUUUGGUGACUGUAUGUAACAGCAAGGAUAGCAGUUCAAAAUAUUUCCUAACAACUCAAGUUAUUAAAACGAAAUCACAAUGUGCAGGUUGUGAAGGGCGCACAAGGGCGAGUCCCGGUGUUCUUGGAUGGUGGUGUGAGACGCGGGACAGAUGUGUUCAAGGCGCUGGCACUGGGAGCCUCUGGCAUAUUUAUUGGACGACCGGUGGUGUUCUCACUGGCUGCUGAUGGAGAGGCCGGAGUGAGGAACGUGCUUCAAAUGCUGCGUGAGGAGUUCGAGCUGACAAUGGCGCUCAGUGGCUGCCGUAACCUGGGCGAGAUCACCAGAGGCCACAUCUUCACUGAUUGGGAUGCUUCUCCCAGCCACCCUACUGCCAAGCUUUGAAGGCAAUCCCAAAAGUGUUCAAGAUCUCUGUUUUCACCCCUGCCAUUUCCAUGGAUCCAUGAACAGACUCUCGUUUGUUUGAUCGAUCACUCUGGGUUUACCAUACAUGUGUAUUUUGAUUGGAAACUUUGAUAUACCAACCUCUUCUUCCUUAUGUUUUGUUGUGAAUGGUUGAAACUCUAUGCCUGGUACUAAUCAAAUGCCAACCUGCAUUGGCUCCCCUUUGUAUAUCUAAUGUGGCAGAAGUAUAUGUAUUAUGUGGUACUAACUAAU